AUGGCGCCGACGGUGCCCUUGAAAGUCCUCAUCGUUGGCGGAGGGGUUGCAGGCCCAGCGCUCGCAUUCUGGCUCGCCCGCCUCGGCGCGCACAUCACUCUGAUCGAGCGGUCUCCCCAGAUGCGUGCGUCCGGGCAGCAAGUCGACAUCCGUGCGCAGGGCGUGGCCAUGAUGCGGAAAAUGGGCAUCGAGGCCGCAGUGCGGGCUGCAUCCGUGCAUGAACCAGGCGCCCAGAUCAUCGACACCAAGGGUCGAGUCCAUGCCUUCUUCCCAGCGACGCAGACGGGAACGGGCCGGCAGAGUUUCACGUCCGAGUACGAGAUCAUGCGUGGCGACCUGGUUAGGAUCCUGUACAAGCUCACCGAGGGUCGGCAGAACGUCCGCCAUCUGUUCAACACCACAGUCGAUAGUUUCACGCAGGACGACGAGAGCGUCCCCGAUGGCAACGUGCACGUGAGCUUCCGGGAUGGCCGUAAGGAAGACUUUGAUCUCGUCGUCGGCGCCGAUGGUGCGGGUUCAAAGACGCGCAGGAUAAUGCUGGGCCCAGACGCGCCCGAGCCGCGGCAUCCUAUGGGAGGGUAUAUCGGAUACUUCAGCAUCCGCUCGACGCCCGCAGACUCGGACAGGGCGACCUUCUGCCCCUUGCCGGGUCCUCGUGUGGGCCGGAUUAUCGCGACGAGAAAGGACUGCCCGGAGCUCACCCGCGUGUACAUGUUGGUGCUCGGCAAGGACGCCGCCAUCGACGCAGCCUACAAAUCUGGCGAUCUGGCCGAGUUGAAGAAGGCGUGGGCGGAUAUGUUUCAGGGAGGCGCGUGGGAGUGUGGUCGAUUCAUGGACGCUUUGCGCCACGCCCCCGAGGCAGACGACCUGUACUGCUCGCCGUUCGAGGAAGUUCGGCUUCCCCCGGGGUCCUGGUCGAAGGGUCGAGUGGUGCUGAUCGGCGACGCUGCCCACUCCCAGACGGCCGGAGGCCUCGGGUCGACCUGGGGCCUCAUCGGAGCCUACGUCCUGGCCGGCGAGAUCGCGACCCUGUACAAGAAAGACAACUCCUUACCGACGGCAGCUGUGGUGCAGGCGGCCAAGACGUACGAGGAGAAAUUCCGACCCGCAGCCACGGCGACGCACGGGGGCUCCGAGGGAUGGGGACUCCUGGUGUUUCCCCGGUCCAGUAUCGGCAUCUGGUUCCUGCUUCUGCUCGCCAGGUUAGCGGCCUACUUUCGACUCGAUCAGAAGGUGGGCUUGUUCGGCGAUACGUGGGAAUGGCCUCUUCCAGAGUAUCCGGCCUUGGAAAAGGGCACGGAUUAG